AUGAAGGUGUUGUUUGACUACCAAGAUAUUCUUAAGGUGAUCAAGAAUGGUGUUACUCCUCUUGCUCGGAAUGUUACUGAAGCGCAGCAAGCAACGCAUAAAGAAGAGAAGAAGAAGGAUUACAAAGUGUUGUUCUUGAUUCAUCAAUGCGUUAAUGGCGACAACUUUGAAAAAGUUGGUCAUUGCGAUUCAUCGAAAUUCUACAACAUAGUUGUGGAAAUUGAGGAGUCGAAGGAUCUUACGAAGAUAAGCAAAGAGGAGCUACAAAGUUCUCUUGAGGCUCAUGAGCAAAGGAUACAUGAGAGAAAUAACGAUAAGGCGGAGGCGGAGAUCUCUUUGCAAGCUCGUUUCAACGAGAAGGACAAUAGAUCGAAAGGAAAAUGCUACAAUAAACAUGGUGGUCAUGGCACCUAUAGAGGUGAAAGGAAAUGGUUUGAUAAAAGCAAGAAGCAAUGCUACAAGUGUCAACGGAGCUCAAAGAAUGUUGAAAAGUUGAGUUGUGGUCGGUUGGAUGAUAUGAUUGACCGGUUGCAUGAAGAGGAAGAUGCUAUUAUUAGUAUGAAAGGAGUUCAACGUAGUGAGGAGUGUAUCGGUGAUGUUUUGAUCAUGAGAAGGGAUGGUGGAUAUUCCUUGAUCAAAUGUGUCUUUUAUAUUCCAGGAAACGAAUGUAACCUUCUAAGCAUUGGCCAAUUUCUUAAGAAGGAUUACAAGAUUCAUAUGGAAAAUAAGGGGCUGCGCAUUUUAGAUGAAAAUGGAGUUUUGGUCCUUAAAGCGCCUAUGGAUGCCAAUAGAACCUUCAAGGUUGAGUUGAAGGUUAUGGAGCAUAGAUAUCUUGCUACUACAUCAAGUAGAGAUUAG